CAGCUCUACACACCUUAUCGCUCACAAGCAGGCGCGUAACGGCGUUGCGCUAUCCAUGGUAUCUAAGCAAGAAACAAGCCUUCCCCGGGCGAGAGCUGCGACAGACGCGUUUGUGGCAGGUUAUUCUCCAGUGAUGCAGCUGGACAACAGAAGGCCAAAGUCUUUCUGUUCACAGAGAGGACAAAAGGAUGACAUGUGAUCAACUGAGCCGAGUGUUGGCAUUUUAUAUGGUAUUCUGCGCCAUGCCAACAGCUUCCAUCGUCCACGGCGCACGAGAUUUCGAGAAGAAAGUAUCGAUUCUGCUGAAAGAAGAGCCAGAAAACCCCAAGUGCUUUGCUGAAGGCAGGAAGGAUUUCACGUGCUUCUGGGAGGAUGAUGAGGAAAGAGCUGGGUCUGUGGAUCAGUACUCCUUCAAAUACACCUACCAAAAUGAAAACAGCAGCAGGUGCCCACUGAAAGCCCUCCCUGCAGCAGGUGGGAAGAGGCUGUUCAUCUGCCAUCUGAACCGAACCCAGAUGUUUGUCCAAAUGGACAUCCAAGUUCAUCGGGAGGGAAGACUGAUCCACAAUCGCAGUCUCCUCAUCGAGCUUGUCUUUCUUCUUGACCCUCCUGCUCAUGUGACGGUGAACAGGAUGGGUAAGCAAGGCCAGCUGAAUGUCAGCUGGGUGCCUCCUCCUCUCAAGUACAUGGAUGACAGUAUGAUGUACGAGGUCAGCUAUGCUAUGGCGGACAGCCAUGUGGGGCAGGUUGAGGUGGCACGAGCUAGUUCAGAAUUGAUCCUGAGAGGCCUGCAGCCAGGUACAAAGUACAAGGUGCAAGUCCGUGUAAAGCUGGAUGGGAUUAGCUACAAUGGCUAUUGGAGUGCGUGGAGUGACCCAGUGUUCAUAGAAACACUGCCUACAGAAUUUGACCCACUCAUCAUGUCCCUGAUUCUCAUCAUCUCUUUCAUCGUCAUUGUGCUGUCUCUCACUAUGCUCCUGUCACAUCGCAGGUUUCUUACAAAGAAGAUUUGGCCGACUAUUCCAACUCCUGACAGCAAGUUCCAAGAUCUUUUUACCGUUUACGGUGGGGACUUUCAGGAGUGGUUAGGGCAAACCAAUGGAGGCUUGUGGUUGAGUCCAGCUUUCUUCUACUCAGUGGAAUGCCCUUCUCCUCUGGAAGUACUCUCGGAGCUCAGCGUUUGCCCUUCUCUGCCCUCCCCGCCUCUGCCACCCAAGGCCUCUAGAGCUUUGACUGUAGACAGGAAGGAGGAAAAGGAUGUAAAGAAAGGGCUGGAUGAUAGAAAAAUACUGGAAAGGGGCAAUUCAGUUCUGACAGAGGGAUGGAGAGCCACACCACACGAUCACUUGAUGGACCAUUUUCGGGCACUCCAACGGCACCCUGUGCCCCUUUCCCAGUCCUCUCUGCUGGAGUCUCAAGACACUUAUGUCACCCUCAGUGCCAACAACCACAGUGAAGACGAGCACUUGGAUGAUACUCUCGAGGAGGCCUUACCCCUUGAAGUGCUUUUUUCCUCCAGAAAGACUGUGCUGUGUGAAUCCCAUUCAGACCUGGGAUCCGUGCAGCAGAGCUCUGGUUCAGGUCGUCUUUCCUCCCAGUCCAGCUUUGAGUAUCCAAACCACAUCUGGAUGCCCAAAAGCCCAGGGUACACCUAUAUGGCAGUAGCAGACUCUGGGGUCUCUAUUGAUUACAGCCCCAUGAGUAGAGUUAUCUAUGCCAACGAGUACAAGAAUGACAUCCCUGCUCACAGAAGACCAUUCCUGUCGAGGCAGCACCCUGUCCAUGACAUUGGCUGAGAAGGAGCUCAGCUGGGCAGGCAGCACAUGGACUGAGACUUGACUCAAGCUAGCUGGAGGGUAUCUGGAUAUUCACCCAAAACUACAUAGCCUCACAUUAACUGUUAAAAAGGCGUAUCAAGGAUUUGGGUCUGAUAGAAGCAAGGAGCUGCCUCAUACUAAAGUGUAAGCUAAAGGAUUCUCUGAGUCCGCUGGAUGUACAUACAUCAUUUCUACUUUAGCCAAAUCAUCCCCAAUCUGUACAGGACAACACCAUUACAUGGAAACGGCAGCUUUGGUUUAUGCCAAAUACUGAUAUUCAAUGUAAAGGUCUUUUUGCUGAUCUCUUAGGAUCAUAUCCGGUUGAUCAGAUCAGGAAUUUUACUAUAACUUCAGCAAAAUUCAAACUGAGGGCGUGAACUCCCUGAUUGUUUCCUUAAUGAUUUAUUCAUGUUUGAACUAAAUGUAUUCUUAUUUUAAAGCUUAAAUAACAGAGCAGCUAUUAGGUUAAAAAACAGAGUAUACAUACAGAAAUGGAAGACUGUGAACAAUACAGGCUGACAUGCUUUCCCUCUCCCUCUGAUAUGUCUUAAAUGAUAAGACUGGUGAUAUUCUAUAUUUUUCUUGUUGUCAACAAAUGCCAUGAAUAGACUUUAACAAACACUGAGCUGAUCCUUCUACACAUUGUGUCUUUGUAGCCAAAGCCUCAUAUACAUUAGCUUAUUCCUCUGUGCCACAGACCUCAAUUUUUGUCCAACAAAACUAAGAAUUUAAAGCCAUUCCAGCAGCUCUGUUAGGCAGUACUUGGGCACAGCAGUGCAUGGGGACCAUGAAUGUCUGUAUAAAUGUUAAUGGCAGUUCAUCCAGUAAUUCUCAAGACAUCUCACUUACAACCACAAGUGUCACACUGCAAGCAGUGUGAGUCAAUCAUUGUACUGUGUGACAUGUUCCUUCUCUACAAUGAACAUGGGCACGAUGCUUUAUUUUGAGUCAAAAUCACACACACCAUCGUAGUGCCGUGAAUACUUAGUAGAGCAGCAAAUGUGUAUUAUUCUAUGGGAAAAUAGUCCUCAACAAAUGCACCAUUUACUCCUGUUUGAAUAAAGUUUUGUAAAAACUACAGUGCCCAGUUAUUUUAAAAAAAUUACUGGGCUGAACUUUUUAAAAAUGAAAGUGUAUAUUUGUAGCUCAUUUUAAAGAUUUAUGUCUUUAGUAGGAACUUAGGUCACGGAAGCUGGAAGAUAUUGAAAGACUGACUAAGACAUUGUUAGUUUUGCUCACAUCAUGGGAUUUGUUGACAAUAACAAAAAAUAUAGAAUAUUGCCUUAUACUGUACUUGUACCCUCAAAUUUAAAUCACACAGCUUUCACUCGAACCUGGCAGCCAUUAAACCAGUGUCAUUUCCAAACUGGAUACAUCUAACUGUAUUUGUAAAUAACAUUAUGAUGCUUUUUGUAUUUUAUCACAGUUUUUUUCAGAGAAUGAUCAAAUUACUAAGCCGUUGCUAUUUCCCGAACACACAAUCCUGGAAAAAAUGAAAUAAAAAUACUACUACUGUAGCCUGUGCAGUUAAAUUUUACAGCAGUAUUCAUUCUCAGGUAACUGUAGUUGUUAGUUAAGUCUCUUUCUUGUCAUUUUUAAGUCGUUUUUAGUCACUAUAAAGAGCAAAACAUACAUGACAUUUCCAUUCAAAACAUUUAAAUUAAUUUCAUUUUUCAAAUCUUUUCUAUUUUCAAAAUAUUUUUUAUGCUUGUUGCUUUUGUGGCUUAGGAAAAAUGUUGUAAUUGAAUUGUAACUACUCUAAAAGUAUAUAAGUACAUUAUUCUGCAAAAUUUCAGCAUAGAGUGACGCCUUAGGGAUACAAAGGCUUACAGCCCAAAACUCACUCUCUUACAUAUUGUUAAUUUUUUUUUCUACAACAGCAAUGAAUGGUUUAUCAAAUAUAAUAAAAACUAAAUUUCAUUUUAAAUAUCAAUUGUAUUAUUAUGCAACAUAUAUUUAAGAGGGGGUGUUAUCUUUCUCACACUCAAAUGGAGAAUAUCUCCUUUUUAGGAUGAAUAUUUUAAUGUGUAUUUCCUAUUUAGUAUUUUACUUAGAAGUAAGAAGAGUAUAAUAAUAAUCUUUCUUUCCAUGUUUUUCAUUCUCAAACAUUUAAAAUAAUUUUCUCUCUUGACAAUGAUAAUUUUUUAACAUUUCUUCUGAUGUGUAAAAUACUUUAACUGUGAUAUCAGCCACUUUAAGUUCAGUGUCUCAAAUGUUAAUAGCUCCAGUGUUGUAAAUCAUUGGUUCUCAACCUAAAGGACUGGACCCCUAAAAGGAUUCCAAGAUACACAUGGGGGGUUGAUUGAGGGGAUAAGAAAAAAAAAACAUAAAUAUACUAUACCAAAUAUGUUUAUUUUAAUAUACAGUGUAUUUUUCUGAGGG